AUGAUGCGACCAGUUCAGAAGUACAUCAAGAAGUUGGCCGAAGCUAGUGGAGAGAAAGAGGCGGCCAAAUAUCUUUUGAGGCUUGGUGAUAAUUGUAGGGACCAACUUGAUGAGCUGUUAAAGAAAAAACCGAAGACGAAUGUGCGCAAGUGGUAUAACUACAUGUGGAUCUUUUUAUCAAAAUUUGUGUCGCAGGAGCCGAUGGAAAUGCUGGAAAAGUAUCGUGAACUGUGCGCUGCGAAUCAUCGUCACAAACAUCGCGAACACAAUCACGUUCAGAAGGAUCGAUCACCGCAAAAGCAUGACGGUGAGAAAAAGAAGGACAAGGAUAGAGAUAAGAAGGACAGUAAAGAACACCAUAAGAAGAAGCACCAUCACAAGGAACACAAGCCUUUGAAAGAUCAACGAAUGUAUAAGUCUCAUGAAGGACACAAAGACCGGCAUUUCCCACGAGAAGAGGCGCCGACCGAGUACCGUAGUCCAUUGCAGGACGAGUACCGUAAUUCGCCCCUAUUCCGAGCUCCUGCACUCUCAUCAAGUUCCCGGUAG